CCGGAGGGCGGGCGCGCUGCUGGACAGCGCGGCGCAUUCUGGGCGUCGUGGUCCCCACGAGUGGGCGCCUCCCGGUGAGCUCCCGGAAGUGGCUCCCACCGCAUGGGUGAGGAGGCUGUAGAGUCAGCCAACUGGGUAUCCACCACGUGUUCGCCGAGUGCUGGCCCGCUGCUGCAUGUUCGUUAUGGAGCGCCUUGGGUGACCUCACAGCAGCCCUCUGAGACCCAGUUCCAACACUCCAGCCCUCCUGUGCCUCCCUUUGUGCUGAUGCUUGAUGGCCAUCCCCAAGAGUCCUCUGAGCCCAGUGCCCUGGGAACAGGAAGGCUUCCUCCGUGUGAAGGUGGAGGAUGAGGAGGCCACCCUCUCUGAGAUCCAGGAAUCUAGCCCUGGCCACACCGCCCACCCUGAGGCUGCUCAUCUUCGCUUCCGGCGCUUCUGCUAUGAGGAAGCAUCCAACCCACAUGAGGCCCUGGCCCGGCUGCGUGAGCUGUGCCACCAGUGGCUGCAGCCCGAGGCGCACUCCAAGGAGCAGAUGCUGGAGCUGCUGGUGCUGGAGCAGUUUCUGGGGGUGCUGCCCCCCAAGAUGCAGUCCUGGGUGGGUGCCCAGUUCCCCAAGAGUGGUGAGGAGGCUGCCGUACUGGUGGAAGGUAUGACUCUGGCAUUCAACAAGAGAGGAUGGGACCCAAAAGCCAAGCUCUCAGAGGCAAACUGCAAGCAGAGUGAUUUGGAAGAGUCAGAGACAUUAGACAGGGCCACUGAAACCCUUAUAGGAGGUAUUUCUCUGGGACCCACCUUUGGUGAUGCUUGUGAACCUGAGGGCAGCUCAGAGAGGCAGGCAGGACUCUCGGGGGAAACCUGGAUGAAGUCUGUCCCCCACAAGAUGGCUUUGAGGGAAACUUCAGAGCCUCACAAGGAUGUUCCCAUUGACCAGCACAGCUGUGAAUCUGGUGCCGUGGGGAAUAGUCCCAAUGUGUGGCUAAAUUUCACCUCAAAAGAGAAGACACCGGAAGAGAAAUUUGAUCCAGUAGAUGGUGAUAGGACAGAGCCUCCAUGCAUAUAUUCAGGGAGGAGGUCUUCCAAGUGUGGUGAAUGUGGAAAAACAUUCCAGAGCCCCUCAGCCCUCAAGACACAUCAGAAGAGCCAUUCUCGGAAGAAACCCUACACCUGUAGUGACUGUGGGAAAGCUUUCAGCCGGAGCGCUCACUUGGCCCGGCAUCAAGUCAUCCACACCAGGGCAAAGCCCCAUGAGUGAGAGUGUGGGAAGGCCUUCAGCGGGGUCACCCAGCUAACUCGGCACCAGAGGAUCCACACUGGAGAAAAACCCUACAAGUGUGGGGAAUGUGGCAAAACCUUCAGCCGCAGUAGCCAUCUCACUCAGCACCAGUGGGUGCACACAGGGGAGAGGCCCUAUGAGUGUGAUGAGUGUGGGAAGGCCUUCAGCCAGAGCACCCAUCUGACUCAGCACCAGCGCAUCCACACUGGGGAGAAGCCCUACAAGUGUGACGCUUGUGGGAGAGCCUUUAGUGACUGCUCAGCUCUGAUCCGCCACCUGAGAAUCCACUCCAGAGAGAAGCCAUAUCAGUGUAAGUUUUGUCCGAAGGCCUUUGCACAGAGCUCCUCCCUCAUUGGGCACCCGAGGAUCCACACGGGAGAGAAGCCGUACAAGUGCAGUGACUGUGGGAAGGCCUUGAGCCGCAGCUCAGCCCUCAUGGUUCACCUGAGAAUCCACAUUACAAUUCUGCAGUAACCAAAGAAAGCCCUUGGGACACAGAACAACUUCCUCUCGGAGGAUCAACAUCUAAAAGAAACCCUGGGGCGCCUGGGUGGCUCAGUGGGUUAAAGCCUCUGCCUUCGGCUCAGGUCAUGAUCCCAGGGUCCUGGGAUCGAGCCCCACAUUGGGCUCUCUGCUCCGUGGGGAGCCUGCUUCCUCCUCUCUCUCUCUCUCUCUGCCUGCCUCUCUGCCUACUUGUGAUCUCUGUCAAAUAAAUAAAAUAUUUUUAAAAAAUAAAAUAAAAUAAACCCUAAGUUCCAAAGGAACAGAGAACAGGGUGGGUGAUUGAUAGUACCCUAAAAUGAUAAGGUGCUUCAGGGCAGAUUCUGGGGCUGUCUGGGAACAACUCUGGGUUUGGAGACCCAGAUGGAGGCACCUGAUGAACACAGAGCUAUUCAGGCCAGCAGGAGAAUCUUCCAGAAGGAUCCUGCCUCUCUCCAUCCCCCACUCAGGCCCAUCUCAGAGAAAGGACAGCUGAGCUGAGGACCUGGAUUGGUCUUCAGAGCUGUGACAAUUGGAGUAAAGUUUCUUUCGGGACUCAGUGGUCCCAAGAUGCUCUGGGCAGAAAGGCUCCAGCUUCAUGUUCCAAUGUAGCUGCUCUUAACCUUUUCUUCUUAACUUACCCGGUAAGCUGAACUUACCUCUUAGCUUUUCCUCUCCCGCUUAGCCCAGGAAGGAUGCCAGCCUGUGCCCACCUCUGUGCCUUCACACCUACUCUUUUGCUCCACCUGUUCAUGUCUAACUCCAAGGCCAACCUGUGGGGCUGCCUUUUCUGUGAGGCCUUCUCCUGGCCCCCAGUCUCUCUCACAUUCUCCCUAAUCAAAGGUGUGACAUGAUGCUUGCACAGCAUCUGUUUCUCCUUGCCCUCUUCUUCUAUAUCCCAUCAGUCAUCAGCCCUGUUGGCUUUACCAAAAACUCACCUCUAAUCCGCCUUCACCAUUGUCACCUUCUGUGAGCCCUCAUCACCUCAUCUGGAUCGCACCUGGGGUCUCCUACCUUCAUUCUCUCCUCUGCCUUCCCCUGAUAUUUCAUUUUCCACACCAGCCUCCAGGGGGCUCUUUCUGCAAGCCAGACCUGAUUGUGUCACUCCGUAGUAGAAAGCUCUCCAGUUGUGUUUGAGCAGUUCAUUAUAGAUCCUGGAUAUCAACCUUUUGUCUGUACUGUCAUUUGCAAAUAUCUUCUCCCAUUCCAUGGGUUGCCUCUUUGUUUUUUUUACUGUUUCCUUUGCUGUGCAGAAGCUUUUGAUUUUGAUGAAGUCCCAAAAGUUUAGUUUUGCUUUUGUUUCCUUUGCCUUUGGAGACAUACCUUGAAAGAAGUUUCUG